GGGCUGCACUGGGUGGGGAAGCAGUCAGACCCACCCUGCAAGUUUCAGAUCCCCAUUAGGCGUAACUGUCCCGUCGAGGAUCGUACAUGUUGAGGACGUACGUGCGUGCCGAGUGAGAAAGAGUUGGAUUUCUGCUGCAAUGGCAUCCCGACACUGAUGCCACAGACUGCUCACAUGUAAAGCUGCUCCUUCCCACCCGAACCUCCCACCCAUCUUUUGUCCCUCUCUCCUCCCAUUAGAGGAACCACUUCCUGCGCUCCUCUCUCCCACCCCGCCGUGAACACUCUCGGAGUUCAUUGUUGCUUCUCCUGGACAUCGAGAGUCGGGCAGGACUGAGCACGGACUGAUCGGGCGAUUAUCCGUCUACGCCAGCUCUCCUGCUUCUCGCUGGGUGUCUCUGAGCGCGAGUGUGUGUGUGCUUGUGUGUUUGUGGUUGUGCGUCUGCAUGUACCUCCCGCACCCCUCCCCUUCUCUCUAUCCUUGGAAUAUCCAUAUUUGUGUGAGUCUCUUUGAGGAUCAGAUUUUGUGACGUACCUUUUUAUCCAUCUCUUCACUUCGCCCUUUGUCUUUCCUUCAUGUCCGGCACAGUCGGGAAUUUUUCUGCCAUAUGCUACCGAUGCCUAUCGCAGGGUUAGCCCUCAAUGAGCCAUAAAGGACGGCAAGGAAGGAUGAGUGAGUGUUCGGGGGCAGCUGUGUCCGGGGCGGUGAUCCUGGAGGAACCUGAGGCUCCGGGGGCUUCUGGGGGCCGCGGAGAGGCCCAGGCCCAGGACCAGGGCCCCUUGCGUUGUGCAGUGUGGCCUCGCCAGCAGACAUGGCUGUGUGUGGUCCCUCUGCUCAUUGGUUUCAUUGGCCUUGGAUUGAGCUUGAUGCUGCUCAAAUGGAUUGUCGUCGGUACAGUGCGGGAUUAUGUGCCAACAGAUCUGGUGGGUGCUAAUAAUCGAAUAGGCCAAGAUCCUAUUUUCCUGUCUAAGCCAAGCGGGAUUCCCAAAAGUCCCGAUACCACCACCACCACCACAGCAUCCACUCCUACAGUUGUUGGCGGGAACCCAACACAGAGAGCCGUAACUGUGACGAAAGAGAGAACUCGCGGCGCGACUACCACCACGACCGUCAACCCCAGAGCAGGCGGGGCUUCGGGAAGUCAAGUAACCCUUCGGAAUCCUGGAAAUCAUAACGGACGUGGACCUCCUACCACCACCGCAGCGCCACGGACGACCUUCAUCGUCAAAGGUGCGACGUCCAGCUCCUCUCCGUCCAAUCCGACCGUCCUCCAUGACUCCACGCAGAUGUGGACCGGGGAGCAUACUACGACUACGGAGGCGGUCUCCACGACGCUCAGCGCGCGUACGCACGGCCAUCGCAAAACACCUUCUCCGACCGUCCCGCCGCUGCACUCGGAACAUUUCAAACCCUGCCACGAGAAGGACUUGGCCUACUGCCUCAACGGCGGCGAAUGCUUCGUCAUCGAGACGCUCAGCGGGCCUCACAAACACUGCAAGUGUCGGGAGGGCUACCAAGGCAUCCGCUGUGACCAGUUUCUCCCCAAGACCGACUCCAUCCUGUCCGACCCAAAUCACUUGGGCAUCGAGUUCAUGGAGAGCAAAGAGGUGUACAAGAGACAGGUGCUGUCAAUCACAUCCAUCGCCAUGGCGAUCUGCCUGCUGGGAACGCUGUGCAUGGCCCUGUACUGCCGCAACAAGAGGCGCCGGGAGAAGCUCCAGGCUCACUUGAAGGAGAGCCGCAGUUUGAAAAACUACACGGCGAAUUCCCACAAUGCCCUGGACGCCAAGGCGAGGCUCCCCAACACCAGCCUGCAGAUGCACGAGUGCUGCAAACGGCCGUCCCAGCCUCACAAGGCGACCGUGUGCCAGUCCAGCUUCGCUCACUGCAACAUGGCCGCCACGCCGUCCAGCGGCUCCAGAGCCGCCGCCAAACACCACAGAAGCGGUUCGCUGUCCCACAGCCCCGAGCAGAGGAUGCGUGCAGCUCAUUGGUCAGCUCCCCGCAGGACUCCGCCCAUCCCCAGGGGAAGGUUGAACCCCAUUGGAGGAUCCAAGUUUUCAGGCCCCGCCUACCAGCACCUGCAGGAAGUGGACUCGGUUGAGAAGGAAUCUGAAGCACAAAGAAGUCUGCAGACGGCGGCAGAGAUCCGGCGCCACGGCGCCGCGCCGGACGCCUUCAUUCAUAUGCAAACCGCAGCUCCCGUCCAGACGGCCACGCCCACGCCUUGGAGCGGCCGCGGGCCGAGGAGGCCCGGCCGGCGCCACGGCGGCUCGCCGCCUCCCCCGUUCCGCUCCUGCUCCAUCCCCAUCAUCCCGUCCGUCCAGAGCCCCGGCGACGAGGCGUCCUGCAUGCAGACCAGCGCGGCGCCGGCGGCCACGCCCUCCGGAGCCGCGCCCCGCGGGGACGAGCGGCGCGGCAAGGCGGCGCGCGCCCCGCCCUUCUCCGCCUCCUGCUCGGCGGCCAUCGGGCGGCGGCAGGACGAGGUGGCGCUGCUGCUGGAGGAGGCGCAGGAGCAGCUCCGGGCGCUGGCCCGCCGGAGGCCGGAGGAGGCGGGGCCGGCCGGGGGCGGGGCCAGAGAAACUGUUUGCUUCCUGAACCUUCAGGCGGGAAGCGGCGCGGCGCCGAGCCGUAGCGGACCCACGCAGACCCAGCUGCUCAGUCCCAGCCUAUCACACACAGACCUGGGCCUCAGCGGCCAAUGAGACGGC